AUGGACUCGGACUCGGAGGCCAACAACUUGCUGACUGGGGCCACCAACAACGUUAACCGAAAACGCCAGGGUCUGGGCUUGGUGCUCCAUCCCUUCUUUACUAUCGCUUGCAUCUCUGUGGCCGUAUUUUCCGUCGCUGGUAUCAUCUCCUCCGGGCUCUGGUCCCAGGGGCUCUCCCAGAAGCCACUCUCCGAUGUCGAACCAUCUUUCCUCCCAGAAAGCUCUGAGCAACUUCCUGGAGUUGCCAUUGACCCACUUGAUCCUUCUCGUUUUAUCCGGGGGCCUCCAACCUCAAGGUUUAGAGAUAACUUGCUGGCUGACAAAAAGUACAUCACCUCCUGGAUAUCUGCUGGAUGGACAAACGAUGUCAUGACAUAUAUAAACCUCAUCUAUCUCGGCAUAAUAACGGAACGGAUACCUAUAAUCCCACCCUUCACACCGUCACACAUUGGCGGGUUGGACACUGUCCGGCCAAUCGUCUUAAGUGAGGUCUUUGAUGUCCAAAGACUUCGAACCGCGAUCCGAACCCCCAUCCUUGAAUGGCAUGAAGUCAAGAACCCCAACAGCACGGAGCUCGAAGAACUCGGCUGCUGGAACACCUGGGAAGCAGUUCAAGAACGGGAACGAUUUCCUCGAAGGAGUCCCAUCCCUAAUCUUCUCUCACUUGGUAUCCGGUCCCGUCCCCCGUUUAAUUAUACUCGCCCUACAAUUCUGACAUCGCUCUCCACAGAUAUCUCCUACACGCUCGCCCCAAGCUGGAUCAAGCUGAUCCCGAAUUACAUCCACGAUCUGCACGUCACCUUCUGGUCUCUUGCAGCACUGGCAUUCCCGGAACAUCGUAAAGAGAAUUUGGGGAAUCCACGAGAAUCCGAGAUUAACAAGGUUCGGCUACCGCCAGACGAGCAAUUGCUCUGUUAUGACUAUCUGUAUUACGUCUGUGCCCACCAGCCGUUCGAAUACGACUUUGACUUCAGCCCAGCUUGGCGAUUCGUUGGCCAACAUCUUCACUGGUCUUCAAAGGUUCAAGACUUGAUAGACCAAUACGUGAGGCGAACUAUCGGAGUACCCGAGGGCGAGAAGACUCCGGCAUGGAUAACCAUCCAUAUCCGACAUGGAGACUUCAAAAACUGGUGCAAUGACGUACCUCUAGACGAAUGCUUCGCGCCACUAGAUGUAGUGGAAAGACGCGUGGAAGAGGUGAAGAAGGAGCUCUUUGAUAGGAAGGGUAUCGUCGUUGAGCAUGUCAUCAUGACGAGUGACGAACGGGAUGAGACGUGGUGGAAAGACGUCCGAUCUAGAGGGUGGCUCGAGGUGGACCAUUCUGAUACAGUUGAACGAUAUGGGACGUGGUACCCAGUGCUUAUCGACGCAGGAAUCCAGUCGUCUGGAAUGGGCUUCGUAGGAACCGACCGAUCUACCAUGUCCAUUCUCGCCAGAAGAAGGGUGCAGUCAUGGCAAGAUGGAUCCGUCAGGACAGUGAAGUGGGGGAAAGUUGGUGCCGACGAUCAUUAA